UUUACAAGCAAUCUUGCAUUUACCAACCCAAACCUGACAUGUGCUGGUUUACAGUCUGGUUUUGCUGCAUGACACAGUGCACAGAUUUACACCAUGCAGUAAAGACAUGGUGCUCAACAUUGGGAAGUGCCAAGUGCUGAGUCACAGGUACAAUCCACUGACAUAUGUCACCUAAAGUGAACGCCACAAGACAAGAUGGUGUAAUCCAUAUCCACGAGAGAUAUCCAUAAUGAGAGCUAUCCAAACCACAUCGGAAUGGAGUAGUUGUUGCAAUAGAUUUAACUUUAGUUCAACUGCUACUCCUCUAUAAAUACAAAAAUUAGACUAAAAUGCUCAGACAUUUAGUUGACUAAAACUUGAGUAGACUAAAAAGGGUGGAAACAUGACUAAAACAAAUAAAAAAACUAAAAUCACAGCUUCACACAAAGUCUAGACUAAAACUAAAAUUAAAACAGGCUACCAUAAACAUCACUAAGUUUAUUCGAAGUUCCCGGAUGAGCCUGUGCUUUUCAGCAGUUAUUAUCUGUGAAUAACAUAUCAUGGAAUGUCACGACUGACUAAUCAGAAUGGAGCGUUCCAAACAUCUGUGUGGUAUAACAUAUGUUUACCAUAAUAACAUAUGCUAGCCAACUAAUGUUUGUAAUUAAUCAGUAAAUGGUUUUGUUUACACGUAAAUGUAACCAUAUAUUUUAGUUAAAUUUCACACGUCCAAAUUUUCUCUUCCCCUCCUACUCGCCAUGGGUCACAUACUUUAGUCGCAGAUAAAUGAGCACUCUUGUAUGGUGAGGUUUCCCACUUAAGUGUGCUAUGCUAGUAGUCUUGUGGCUCUUGUUGGGCAAAUUUAAAUUAUUAAUCCACAGACAUUUGCCUGUGGCAGAGAGCACUUUGACUUCUGCUUACACUCACUGCUGGUGGGAGAAGACAUCUGGCAAAAACCAAACAAUUUGCUUAUUUAUGUUUGGUUAAUAUUUGAAAAAAAAUGUAAUGCAAUUACUUUUUGUUUGCCAAAACAAUGACUUUUGAAUUAUUAUUUGUUUUCACCAUAAUAUUUGUAGACAAUGAUUCAGGUUGCUGGCUCUGAAACCUGUGGGAUUGGGUUUGGUUUCGCUUGGGUCUAUUGAGGACAGUGUGUGAAUAUGCAUUGGGUAUCAGGUGGUUGACUGUAACAGAACACACUAAUUAGAUCCUGGGAAUGCCAAGCCACCUUGGAAAACCAUCUUGUGAUUUUACGUGACGUAGUUUCUGUGUUCAGAACGCCUCUAGGCUCGACAUCUGUUGUUUACUUUAAGUAGGCAUAUGUGUGUGCGUUUGGGGUCUCAUGUAUUGAAUAGAGGCAGUGGCCUGUCAUUUGUGAGUGAUGGGAGUGAGUGUGUGGGAAAAUAUCUCAGGCAAAGAGCUUGUGCAUUGAGAUGCUAAUGUCCCUCCUAUAAAUGAAGAGUGUGUGCCGUGUACCUUCGAGUGAGUAAAACUCAGUCUACACUGCACAGAAGCAGAUGGAGAUGACUGCUACCAAACUUCAGCAAAAUGCAUGCCAAAGGCAUAUCAGCAACAAAGAGGAGAGGAAGCUACGGAAACCUCUCAUUGAGAGAAAGAGACGGGAAAGAAUAAAUCUCUGUCUGGAUCAGCUGAGAGAGACUGUAGUUGGAGUUUUUAUGCCUGAUCAGUCUAAGUUAGAAAAAGCUGAUAUACUUGAGAUGACAGUGAAACAUUUGCAAAAUAUCCAGAGCAAUAGAGUUUCUGACCCUGUUCUGGACACAGGAGCCCGACAGAGAUACAGUACUGGGUACAUCCAAUGCAUGCAGGAAGUUCACAACCUUUUACAUUCUUGCGACUGGAUGGACAAAACCCUUGGAUCACGCUUGCUCAAUCACUUGUUUAAAUCUCUACCUCGAUCUGCAAAGGACUGCCCUCAGCUACCCAAGAUUUCCCUGACAAGUAUUCCUUCUGACCAUAGCGAGUACUCUAGUUUCCAUGUUGAUGAGACAGAAAGUCCAAAACCCUGCUCUUCUUCUCCUUUUUUUUGUGAAAGGCCCACUCAGUCUCAGAACCAGCAAUUUACUCCUAUUAGAAUGCCACAUGAUGUUGAAAGUCCUCACCUUUCAGUUCUACAGAUGUGGAGGCCCUGGUGAAAUAUUUAUUUUGAUAGUGUACUUGUGUUGGUACUACAUAUAACUCACUUGACAACUGUAUGCUGCCAAACUGAGUAUGAAUAGUAUGUAUUCACAUCCAGUUUGUCGAUGUUACAUCCAGAUUGUGGUAGAACCUUCUCUAAUAUGUAUCUUAUAGAUAUGUUUCACUGCAUGUGUUUGAGGUGGAUCUUAUCCAGAAUAGCUCCCAUUUCAGAAUUUCUACUUCCUUUCUGAAGUAAAACUACUGUAGCCUCCAUUGUAGAAGGCCCCUAUUAAUCAUAUUUUUUUAAUCAAUCCUAUAUAUUUUUUUUUAAUUAUUAGAACCCUUUGGCUACUAAUACUAUGUUGUAGGUUACUUUCUAUUACUUAAAUGUGCAUUUUGAACAAUUAUUAAUAAAAGAUUGGUUCGCAAGAAAUACAUAAUAUACAUAGUAUUUUAUUAUUUAAUACCUAUUAUUUAAUACAAUGGCAGUAAGUGUGGAAAUUUUACUAUAUGUGUAGAAAUGUGAGAGACUGACCUGUAACCAAUAUCAAUCCAACAUGAGAGAUAAAAGAGCAACACAAAAGAGUCCACCCAUUUCUGGAAAGUAUAUGACAUGUACAGAAAAUAAUUCGGCAUAUACUUUUCACUGGGACCCUGAACCUUUACUAUGGUUUUACUUUGCAAUGGGCUUCAUUUGACUUAUGCACUGUGUAAAUGUAUAACAUGUUAAUACCGCUGAAAGAAGUCCGUCUGGAGUUGUUUGUACAUAUGUCUUUUAUUCAAUGUAUAGUUUUCAAGGUUCGUAUCAUACAUACGCGAGCAUGUCUAUCUAUCUAUCUAUCUAUCUAUCCAUCUAUCUAUCUAUCUAUCUAUCUAUCUAUCUAUCAUAUAUAUUUAUAGAUUAAUCUCACUGUAAUCUUGGAUAAAAUUUAGAUUAAAAUGGCUCAUUUGAAUUCUUCUGAAGGCAUUCAGAAUAUGUGUGCUACCCAAAUAAUGACUGAAAGUCUUUGAAAUUGGGUUUCUCAAGCCAGGCGGUGCAGUAGACCCAGGGGCUCAUCUACUGUUUCCAAAAACUGCUUGAGAAACUGUUCUACUAUGAAAAUU